CGAGGGCAGGCAUGUACUGAUCUCUGGCCAUCCCCUGCGGCCUGGCACCCUCAACCCCCUGUGCCCAACAGCAAGACCCAGGAGUUCUCCCCAGGCUGUUCCUCUAAGUCAUUCAAGCUGUACUCUCCAAAGGAGCCCCCAAACGGCAACGCCUUCCCCCCUUUCCACCCAGGCACUAUGCUGGAUCGAGAUGUGGGACCAACACCUAUGUAUCCACCAACAUACCUGGAGCCUGGAAUUGGGAGGCACACACCGUAUGGCAACCAGACUGACUACAGAAUAUUUGAGCUCAAUAAGCGGCUGCAAAACUGGACAGAGGAAUGUGACAAUCUGUGGUGGGAUGCCUUCACCACUGAGUUCUUUGAAGAUGACGCCAUGUUAACAAUCACCUUCUGUCUGGAAGAUGGACCAAAGAGAUACACGAUUGGCCGCACCCUGAUUCCCCGCUACUUCCGCAGCAUCUUCGAAGGAGGUGCCACUGAGCUGUACUAUGUCCUGAAACACCCUAAGGAAUCCUUCCACAACAACUUUGUCUCUCUCGACUGUGACCAGUGUACCAUGGUCACCCAACAUGGCAAACCCAUGUUCACCCAGGUAUGUGUGGAGGGCCGUCUCUACCUGGAGUUCAUGUUCGAUGACAUGAUGAGGAUAAAGACGUGGCACUUCAGCAUCCGGCAGCACCGGGAGCUCAUUCCCCGCAGCAUCCUUGCUAUGCAUGCACAAGAUCCCCAGAUGCUGGACCAGUUGUCCAAGAACAUCACCCGAUGCGGACUUUCAAACUCCACACUCAACUACCUCCGACUUUGCGUAAUCCUAGAACCAAUGCAGGAACUGAUGUCACGGCAUAAGACCUACAGCCUCAGUCCUCGGGAUUGCCUCAAGACAUGCCUCUUCCAGAAGUGGCAGCGCAUGGUGGCACCACCUGCUGAACCUGCUCGUCAGCAGCCUAGCAAGCGCCGGAAAAGAAAGAUGUCAGGCGGCAGCACCAUGAGCUCUGGGGGAGGCAACACCAACAACAGCAACAGCAAGAAGAAGAGCCCAGCCAGCACCUUCGCCCUCUCCAGUCAGGUACCUGAUGUGAUGGUGGUGGGCGAACCAACCCUGAUGGGUGGGGAGUUUGGCGAUGAGGACGAGCGCCUUAUCACACGGUUGGAGAACACACAGUUCGACGCUGCCAACGGCAUUGACGACGAGGACAGCUUCAACAACUCUCCCGCGCUGGGCGCCAACAGCCCCUGGAACAGCAAGCCCCCCUCCAGUCAGGAGAGCAAGUCUGAGAAUCCGACGUCACAAGCAUCACAGUAAAGCCCCUCCACCUGCUGCCCAGCCUGGCCUUUACCUGCCUUGGCUGGUUGCCCCCCUCCACCCCGCACAGACUGAGUCGAAACCGUUCUACCUGGACAAUUUGUGAAGAAGCAUGGGCUGGCUGCCUGGCGUGGAGGUAUCAGGCUGAUGGGCACCGCAGCACCCAGCCUGCCCACCGACCUCUUUCCAGUUGUCCCAGCCACUCCUCCCUACUGUCUGCACUCUUGGCUGUGCCCCUUUGGGGGCAGAACUUGGGGCGCUGGGCCAGGUGACGCCGGGGUCUCCCCUUUCCCCCCACCCAGCAGAAUUUCAAUUCUUUCUCCCUACACACACACACACAUCCAGGGGCCCGCAAGAACCACUGCUGUGGGAUGGUGGUUCCAAGUCCAUUGUGUAGCCCCAUGGAGCCUGACCCCUUGGCUUGAUUGGCAGGGAACACCACAGAAGAGAAAGGAGGCUGAAUGCUUAGGGUCGAUUGGAUGGAAACCCGAGCGCCCAAUUUAUGAGUCCAGUUACCUUCAGCAUCCAGGGAGCUCCUUUCUAGCAGGAGAGUAGGCAACAAUAUGACCUGUAUGGGGGCAGCUAGUUUUUGUGAGAUGGGUCUUGAGCAGCCCCUCCUGGAUGCUGCAAGUGUGGCAUUGCAAUUACUCCUGCAGUGCUGAACAGCCUAGAGAGCCAAGGUGGGAGGGGAUGGGGUGUGGGGGCUUCACACUCCUGGAAUGUGGGUAGAAAACUCUCCUCUUACUGACGUGGAGGGGCACGUGUCACUUCUGGUCUGAUCCGUAGGAAGAGGGGCAACCCUCUGCCUGGUCCACCAUGAUAGAAAACAGUAAUUUUGACCCCUAUUUCCAGAUGUUGGGUUUUUUUAAAGGAAAAAAAAUGUUAAAAUUGUAAGUUUGAAAAAAAGGAGAAGAAAGAAUCUGUCCUCCCUCCCUAUUUUUCCCCAAUCCUGAUUUUUGUACAGGCUUGUCUACCAAUGGGAGUCUUUGUUUUUAUAUACAGAUCCGAGAGCUUCAAACCAAGGAGAGACUUUGCAGACUUCCUUUAUACAAUCCUCUUGAGGACAGCAUGGCUGCCCCACUUUGCCCCCUCUGUGUAACUUGUGUGUGCUGCUCGCCCUUUCUCUGCCACCCCUUCCUCCCCCUCCCCACCUUUCGGGUUUGUGUACCUCGUGCUUGUAUAUUUCUGCGCUGUAGGCCGUGUGUAUGAUACUGUUCUUUCACUGUGUUCUCACUAAUGCAGCUGCACCCCAUUCAUGGUGGUUGGGAGGGGGGAGGAUUCAUAAAGAUGGGCAUCCUUUUCAAGUGUCUGGAAAGCUCCUAAGGCUACUGUCAUCCAUUUGGGGCAGUGCAGAAUGCAGGGGAUGGGGCUGAAAGCGGGAAGUCCUUAGGAAACGUCACCUGGGGAAGGGGAAACUCCCUGUUGUGUAAAAGAGGGCAUUCAUUUCCGCCAUGAUAGAGCAAGGUCUUCUAACAAGCCAGCCAAGACCCAUCCUUUUGAAUGGGAAGUAUCUAAGUUCACCAGAUCCCCAUGUAAUCAUGGCGCAUUCCUAAAACCACCCGUCCUGUGCUCUCCAAUGUUUGAAUGUCACUUGCGUUCUUCCACCUACAUUUCUUGCCUCAAUGUUAUUUUGGAGGAACUUCCUUUUGUGUCACUGGAGCCUCAAAUUAGCCAUGUGCAAGGAGGGUUUCCUUUCUCUUUUUGAGAGAAGAGUACAGUGUAGGGCAGUGGUUCUCAACCUGUGGGUCCCCAGGUGUUUUGGCCUACAACUCCCAAAAAUCCCAGCCAGUUUACCAGCUGUUAGGAUUUCUGGGAAUUGAAGGCCAAAACAUCUGCAGACCCACAAUUAGAGAAGAACUACUGGUUAAGGAUGAUGUCUCGUGGCAUGGACAGAUGCUGAAUAUGGUUGUAUUUAAGGGGGUUGGACUAUAUGGCCCAUGUGGUCUCUUCCAACUCUUAUGAUUCUAUAAAGGACACUGACUGAAUUGUAUAAGCAACCAUCCCUUUGCCUUACUCAGGCUGUUUCUCCAACAUGGUCCCUUGCCAUAAGGAUGUUUUCUUUAGCAGGAUUCUUGCCCCAUAUCUGCUAAGGAUUUUUGGCCAGUUGCAUCAUAAUCAUUUGCCCAUCACAAGAGCUUGGCUUUCAUGUGACUUGUUCUGGAAACCAAGAAUCCUCCUCUUAGGUGGAGGAGCCCAGCUGGAUUAAUCUGAAAUCCACUUAAGGGGUGGAGUGGGUUUCAGGUGGCUAGUAAGUCCUGUGUUGGAUCCAGAUACUCCAUCCUGCACUACCACCCCCUGGAAACAGGCAAUAUAAUUAUCAAGGCUAUAAUUUACAGGAUUUUUUUCUGUAUCCUUUUUGUACCUUAAAGAUACGAGUGUCACGUCCCCCAUUGCUGUGGCUCGGCAUGAACUGGUGACGUGUGCUCUGUCCCGCUCUCCCCACCUUUGCCCUUCCAACCUACCACCUCCCCCUGGGGCACUGUAAAGCCUUUUUUUUUUUUUUUGCAUAGUUUGUGCCAUUUAUGGUCAUGUAUGGUACCAAUAAAACAACUUUUCGGUU